UCACAGUUCGUAGCAAUUAGUCAACAUCUUUUUAUGGAAACAUAUAUAUAUAUGAAAUAUAAUCAAGAUGUCAAGCUAUUCUUCGCUAUCUCGAGUACUUUUGCCGUUCCGGGUACAAACUAAAUUUGAGGAAAAUUCCCUAUCUGCCAGUUCAACAAAAAGGUCUUUAUUUUAUACUACUGGACUAUUAAUUUUUUUGACCUUUGCCAUUCCGGUUGACAUUGGCGAAACGACCCGCGUUGAAGGAGUUGAUGUCCCUAUUAAAAAGUUCUCCUUUGGACAUCUCAAGAAACAAAUAUGGCCCAACAACAAUGAAGCUAAUAAACUGAGGCUAUGGAAGUUCGAAACCCCUUUCAAAAAAGAUAAUGAGCAGUUAAAAACACUUAACGAGAAUUUUCGUAAUGAUGCAUACCUUGAACAAGUACUUGGUGAAGAUUUGAGCCCAAGUGAAUUGAUUAGAACGAUUUUUCCGGUUGGUUAUGUAUUUCCACCUAAUCACAUCCAUAUCGUCGUACAACCGCCUCCGCCCGCCACCGUAGGUCCCUCUCAUCAUGGCGUUCCGCCAUUAUUGAUACAUAUAAUGACGUCGAUCGAAGAUGCCAUGAAAAAGAUUUUGGAGGGAAUUCAUAAACAAAUGGACGUAGACAAUCAAGCUAUUGAUGUGAUUGACAGGAAUUUUUGUAAUUCCUUAGAUAAACAAAAAGCUAUAAAAAAAGAAACUCCCACGGCAAAGACAAACUAUCGAAUCCUUUUAUGCGGUGGGGCACCUGGCAUAGGAAAGACACGUUAUGGAAUUGAAUUGUUUAAUUGUCUUGAUGAAGAAUGGAAAACGUCAAGAGGCAAAAAGCCUCACAUGCUUUACAUGCUUCUUGAUUUCUCUAGUGGCUAUGCUUUAGAUGAAUACGAAAUCCAAGGAGAUAUGAAAAUUGCAUCGGAAAUCAUUUUUGGAUUGCGGUUGGCAUACUACUUUUUUGUCAACGAAAAAUAUGUGUGGAGUUUUGCAAUGUUUAGUACAAAAGCCAAUGAAUAUAAACAUAUUUUCAAGUUGGAUAAUGUUCUCGCGCACAUCUACAGCCAUGAACACAAAAGACUUCAACCUGGCCAGCAUCUUUUCAUUUUUCUCCAAAUUGAUGAAUUUCAGUUUAUUCUUAAAGAUCGAAAGGAAAGAGCUGAAUUAUUUAAACAGUUAAUGUAUGUUCUUGGGCAUCACAUGACCGGAAAAAUUCCAAACAUAUUCAUACAGACUCUACUAUCAGGUACAGCACCACAGGACGCAAUACGAGCAAUGGAACCUUCAAUGUAUUCUUGUGAACCUCUUGACCUUCCACUGCUUUCCUUUGAGUCACGCCUUGAUAUAAUGAGGGAAUUUGCAACAAAUCAUGAUGUUUCUGAUUGUGUAUGGUUGCCAAAAAUUUGGAUACAUCAAUUACUCCUUGAUACAGGUGGUCUUCCACGUGCUUUGGAAUACCUUUUUUCAGAAUUAUUCGGGCAAAAGUUUACAAAUAUUAAGGAAUUUUUUGAAAAUCUCGAAAAAAGGAUCUCAAUCCCAUCAACAAUCUAUGCCAAUGUCACAAACGAUAUUAAUAUGGCAUAUAAAAUCAAAGCUUAUGCUAGAAACCAUAAAAUUCUUAUAUACGAGCUUAUUUACAGAAAUAUUAUGGUAAUCGAAUCAGAUAUGUCUGAUGAGUUACAAGAUGGUAACUCUACUGAAAAAUUAGAACAUUUGGAGCGUGAUAGGCACUUGAUACUAAGGAAAUUGGAAGGAAAAGAUAAAGUUCUAAUUGAUAUACCAUACUUCUUUAUGUAUCUUUAUGCUGAUGUCCUUGGAAUUUUUACAGAAAAUCUAAAUAAAGCAUUUUUACCUGAUUCAGAUUGGUCAUGGAAUAAUUGGAAAAUAUUUAUUGCAGAUUUUAUAGCAUCACACAUCACUAUGAUUGAUGUGCUGAAAAAAGAAAAAUUAUUAAAACUUGGAGAUUUCUUUCGUAGUGCACAGGGUAGUGAUAUUACACUGGGCCUGUUGAUCAAUUUUGAAUCUGUUGAAAUCUAUGAAUUAAUACAUCAAUUUCCAUGCCUAAAUCUUUCUGCAAAAGCGGGAAAAACUGCUAUGUUAAAGCCAGGUUACAUUAUGAUCAAUGGUUAUUCGGCACCAUUUGCAGAUGUCUUUUUUUUAGUAGAUAACCCUGAACCUAUUCUUAUUGCUAUUCAAUGCAGAAAGAGAAAAAAAUCUCUUGAUUUGAAAAUAAUUGAAGAUGAACAUAAGAAAAAUUUGAAUAUUUCUGAAAAAAUAAAAGAAAAGGCUGAAAAAAUCAGAGAAGAUGCUGAAGUAAAAGGCAGAGAGAUGAAAGAAAAAUUGCGAAAUGAGGCAGAGCAAUAUACACAACUUGCAGAUUUUUUGAGCAAAUAUCGUAUUAUCACAAUUUUUAUUACAACUCAGCGUUUCAGUGAAAAAUUGGAAGACCUUCCUGAUGAUUGUAUUUUGAUUCAUCAAGAAAACUUUGACAUUUUUUUCGGGCCUGUAUUUUCCUCUCGUAUAAAGCUUGUAAUGACUAGAGAUUCAAAUCCAAAUCUAAGUACUGCAAGUGAAUUGAUGUCAAGAUAUAAAGCAAUUAGUCAAAAUAUAGGGGAAAGAAUUGAAAAAACUAGAAAGAGAAGGACCUUUAUGUCACAUGAAGAUUUCUGUAAAGAAUUUCCAGAAUUAGCUAGUGAUGAUGAGAUCCGAAGUAAUUUUGUUUACUACCCAUACCCUCCACAUAUAGAACCCUUUGAACAUUCAAACAAGAGAACACGUUUAAAAUAAAAUCUUUUUCACUUUUUUUUCUACCACGUUGGAUUUCGUCAUUGUUAAUAUUUUAUGAAUAAUGUCAUUCUUUAUCACAUUACACAAUGCACAUAUAUUCACAUGUAUACAUAAAAAGUGACUUGUAGUUUUAUUUUAUUAAUAAAGUAUCAUAUGCAUUAUAUAAAAUUCAAUACAGUAUAAC